GGAGCCUAUCCAUCUAUUUUUCAACUUCCGCCCAAAAACAAUUCACAAGUGAGAAAACAUCCAGUUGAAAUUCCUCCUCUCUCUUUUCUUUCUCUGACCAUAUAGUUUACAACCAUGGUGCAAGGAUCAUUCAAACGUCAAGUCGAAAUCGGUCGUGUUGUUCUUCUCGAUAAUGGUAAGUUGGCUGUUAUUGUUGAAAUCAUUGACCACAACCGUGCCUUGAUUGACGGCCCUACCACUGGUGUUGCCCGUCAAGCCUUCCCUUACCGUCGCUUGACCUUGACUCCUUUGGUCGUCAAGGGUUUGCCUCGUGGUGCUGGUCAAAAGACCGUCAAGAAGUACUUUGAAAAGGCCGAUAUCUUGGCUAACUGGGAAAAGUCUGCUUGGGCUCAAAAGAUUCAAACUCGUCAAGUUCGUGCUGGUUUGUCCGACUUUGAUCGCUUCAAGGUGCAAAAGUUCAAGAGCCAACGUCGUUUCGCUGUCGGUUCCGCCAUCAAGCAAGCCAAGAAACAAGCUGCUUAGAUUUUCUUUAUCAUUCUUACAAUAAAAAAAAUCUUGUCUUCUCUUUA